UGUUCUAUGACUUCAAAAGAAUUUAUAUGGCGGCACAUGUCAUUUACUGAUUUACUAAUAAAAAUCAGUUUUUCUUAUGCUGUGGAGAUAAAAAUUGGAAUAAUCUUUGAAUCACAAAAAAGCAAUGGGAUAUUACGAAUAUUCUAUUUGGAAAUGCACUAAUAUAUAGCUCUUGAGUAGUUGUACUGACUGAUAGUACAAUUCUAUAAUUGACUGUACAUAGUAUCGAUCUUAAGAAUCCCUUUUGAUUUUGUUACCAGCAUUAUUUUGAAAUAAGUCAGAAUGUCCUACCCUGGACGACCUCCUAUUAUGCAAGGAUUACCGAUGGCGUAUAUGCCAAUGACGGGUCCUGCACCACCCUUGAUGCCAGCAGUAAUGCCGAUACAACAUAUGGUUCCUGUUCAGGUGACCACAGCAACUCAAAUUCGUGCUUAUCCCAAGUUGAAUCCUAACAGGGAUCAAUUGAAGCAAAUGCAAGGCCCAGCUGUGACGGUAUUCGUUGGUAAUAUCACAGAAAAAGCUCCUGACGCUAUGAUCAGGCAAAUAUUAGCUACUUGUGGCCAUGUUAUCAGCUGGAAAAAAGUGAAAGCUUUUGGGUUCUGUGAACUUGCUGGACCUGAUGCUGGUCUACGUGCAGUUAGAAUACUACAUGAUCUCAUGGUAGGUGACAAACGUUUGGUAGCUAAAGUAGAUGCUAAAACUAAAACGGUUUUGGACGAAUACAAAGUUGAACGCAGAAAGAAAGAAAAAGGAUCUCCUCUUCAGGAUGAGCAAGAAGACGAAUUGGAUGAUGAAACUCUUGCUAUAGACCACCAGGCUAAGCAGAAAAUAAAGGAAAUAUUGGCGGAAUAUGAAGAUGAAAUGAACAAUUAUGAAGCAAAAAGAGAGGAAGAAGAAAUCAAGAAGGCUAAUCGAGUCCUAGAAGAGGCGGACGUUGAAGAAGAAAAACGCGAUCUCAUCACUAGAGAAAUUGGCAAGUUCCGAGAAAUAAUGAAAAAACAAGAAGAGGCGAAGAAAGUUAACAGGAAGAAGCGUGAAGAAAAGGAGAAACACACUAGGGACAAAUCAAACUCGCACUCCCCCAGUCCUAAAAGAAAAGAAAAAGAAGAAAGGAAACGUAAAAGAUCUCGAUCAAGGUCAUCCCAUGAUAGGAGUAGCCGUGAGAGGGAUCGUGAUCGUGAUCGUGAACGCGAGCGUGAGAGGGAGCGUGAAAGAGAGAGGGAACGUGAGAAGGAAAGGGAGCGGGAACGGGAACGAGAGCGUGAAAGGGAAAAAGAAAGGGAGCGUGAAAGGGAAGCGAGAGAACGAGAGAGAGAUAGAGAAAGGGAACGAGAGCGAGAAAGAGAACGAGAUGAUAAAAAGAGUGCCAAAGAUCUCCUCAGGGAAAAAGAAAUGGAGGAAGAGGCUAAGGAGAAGAAAAAGGCUGAUAGGAGAGCCAGAGAGAAGGAAGCAACGUAUCAGGAACGAUUAAGGGCCUGGGAAUCAAGAGAGAGACGCAAAGCGAAAGAUUAUGAAAAAGAGAGAGAAAAAGAACGGAUCCGUGAAGAGGAAAGAGAAAAAGAUGCUAAAAGGCUCAAGGAAUUCCUAGAAGACUAUGAUGACGACCGUGAUGAUAUUAAAUUCUAUAAGGGUAGGGAACUUCAGAGGAGACUUGCAGAGAGGGUAAAAGAAGCUGAAAUGGAUAGUCGAGAUAGACUUAAGGAGAAAGAGGAGCUAGAGGAACUCAAAACUGAAAUAUUCUCCAGUGAAGUUGAAGAUCCUAAUGCAGAAUUUGAAAGGAUGAAAAAGGAAAUGGAGGAGUUAUAUAAACCUAAGUUAUUGAUUGAUGUUAAUUUGGAGCAUUGGAAGCAGAAGGAGAGGGAAAAAGAAAGGGAAUUAGAGAGGCAAAAGGCGAGAGAAAGAGAACGUCAUAGAGAAUAUGAAAGAGAAAAAGAGAGGCAGAAACUGAGGGAGGAAAGGGAGAAGUAUAUAUUGAAACAGGCCGCCGAAGAGCUUGCAGCUGUGGAAGCCGAACCAAUUGACAGCGAUAGUGACAUCGACGGACCUCACUAUAGUCCGCCGCCUCCGGUAAAUGACGAUGCAUCCAACGAUAAUUCCAACAGUGCUCAGUGGACUCAAGUUCAAGCGGGGGAUGAAGAUUCGAGACAGUCAUUCGUUUCUAAUCACGACGAAGCUCCCGCCAUGCCAACCGGGACCGGAGUCAAAAUUAAUCUCUCUAAACCCGUGGCCUUCAGCCCACAAAAUCAGAGGGGAGAUUCCAAGAGAAGAAAGGCUGACCUUAGGGAAGUUUUUAACCCGGACGAAGAUGACAGUACGACUCAGGUUAAAAAAAGAAAAUUAGUUCCAAUAGAUUAUAGCGAAGAAAAGAAAUCGAAAAAAGAUAAAGAGAACGGCGAUAAAAAAUCGGAAGAUACGCAAAAGUCCCAGGAGGAGAAGAGGAAGCACAUCAAGACCCUGAUCGAGAAUAUUCCCACUGAGAAAAACGCCUUAUUCGCUCAUAAAUUAGACUGGGCCGCUAUCGACAAUCAGCUCAUGGAGAAGAAGAUCCGGCCCUGGAUAAAUAAGAAGAUAAUAGAAUAUAUCGGUGAACCUGAACCGACCCUGGUGGAUUUCAUCUGUUCCAAAGUUCUGGCGGGUUCUCCACCUCAAGUGAUCCUGGAGGAUGUUCAAAUGGUAUUAGAUGAAGAAGCGGAAGUUUUUGUUGUUAAAAUGUGGAGAUUAUUGAUUUAUGAAGUGGAAGCUAAAAAAUUAGGACUAGUGAAGUAAUGUAAAUAUACUAAAUAUAGGUUGAAUAUUUUGAAUAAUUGUUCAGUUAAGUUAAAUAUUCUACACAUUAUUUAUUUCCUCGAUGAUAAUAUGACGACUAAAAAAACUUUUGAUAUUGGAAAAUUUAAAGGAAAUCAAAAAAUGGAAUUCAAUCGUU